GGGUCCAAGCUUCGGUGGAAAGUUUCACAAGUGAGUUGUUGGAGGGAGGGAGGGACGGGGAGCUCGGCGAGCCGACAGCGGCGCUGCUGCGCUCACACACGGAUCAGUGCGCGGUCUGAGCUGCGGGAUGUCGGCCGUGAAGGCGCUGCAGCAGUGGUGCCGGGUCCGGUGUGAGGGCUACCGGGAUGUGUCCAUCACCAACAUGACCACGUCCUUCAGGGACGGCCUGGCUUUCUGCGCCCUCAUCCACAAACACAGACCGGAUCUCAUCAACUUUGAUUCGCUGAAGAAGGAAAAUGUUUAUGAGAACAACAAACUGGCGUUCAGGGUUGCGGAGGAGGAGUUGGGAAUUCCAGCUCUGUUGGAUGCAGAAGACAUGGUGGCUCUUAAGGUUCCUGACCGCCUCAGUAUCCUGACGUAUGUCUCCCAGUAUUACAACUACUUCCAUGGACGCUCCCCGAUUGGUGGUAUGGGAGGUAUAAAGCGCCCAGCUGAAGGCCCCACAGAGGAGCUGCCAGGGAAGAAGAACCAGCCCGUGGCGUCAAAGGUGUUUCCCUCUUCCAUACACGCCAGAGAGAACAGCCCUCCGCCCUCCUCCAACAUUACAAGACCCCCUCCUUCCCCAAAACGAACCAGAAAUGCCACGCAGGGUGUUCUGGUUGAGAAAUCCCAUCAAACAGGAACUCUGAGUAACAAAUGUGUGUCCUGUAACAAGCACGUUCACCUGGUGCAGCGACAUCUAGUGGACGGGAAGCUGUACCACAGGAGCUGUGCAAAGUUGCUGUCGCCUGCAAACACACUGAGAGAUUUAACCACGAACACUCCUGUUUCCAAAGUCACUCCUGCACCAGACUCCACCAAAGCCAACACAAAUACCCAAACUCAUACCCCCUCCCGACUGGGACCAACAUGGCUGACGGAGAAACCCAGCACCCCUCCCAGCUUCUCCAGCACUUUUUCCACUCCGUCUCCUUCCCGGCCUGCUUCACAUCUCUCUCCCGCCGCUAAAGAGAGUCAAACAUCUUCAGUCUCCAAACCGACAGCUUCACGGACGACUUGUGAAUCCCCGUCCACCACAACCACUUCUGUCACCACCAGGCCCGCCGCUGCUCCUCGUACCUCAACCACGGCGGCGAAGACGCUGCAGUCCAAGCUCAAGUUCUUCCAAUCGGAUAGCACCGCUAACGACGAAGAGAAAAAGUCUACAACCACCAAGUCUGAAAUAAAUAAAGGGCUGAAUGUGAUUGGUAAGCAGGCCGCAGCUGGUCAGGCUGUGACUGUGGUCGUGAGUGUUGGUGGUCCUGGCAGAAAGGAGGCGGAUGUGAGCUUGAACACAGGAGGGGAGAAAGCUAAAGCUGGUGUAGGUGGAGAUUCAGGAAAGGUGUGUGAGAGCAGCAAGACGAAAGCAGCAGCAGCAGCCUUCAUCUCCAAAAAACUGGCUGAGGAGAACAACAACAACAGCAAGCCAUCGUGGACGACCGUAGCGCUGAAGAAAACUGACAAACCGUCUCAAGUCGAGACUCCAAAGAGGGAGACGGAGGGCGUCAGAGGGAGAGUGAAGCUGAAAGUCAACCCGUCACUCCUCACUGACCUGCAGAGCCCGGACCCCCCGAACCACGCUCCGAGCCCGGCCAGCAGGACCGGACUCAGAGCCAGAACUCCAGACAGCGGCGCCUCAAAGCCCGGCAGUGCAUCAGCCAACACCCCAGCAUCAGAAAACGAGUCUCCUGCGGACUGGAGGUCGAAGCUCAAACCCAUCUCCAAAGAAGCCAAACCGGCCGCUCCUUCACAGUCCUCCCCUAAACCGUGGGCUAAUGGGGCCGGAAAGUCACAGACUCCAGAGCUUUCCGUCGAGCCUUCCUCCUCCCCUCAUCUUCCCAGCAUUUCUGUCACUCCACCAGCACCAAAGGGAUUCCUGAACGGUCAGGGGGACCUAACUGCAAAUGGCACCAAGCCGGAGUCAAAGAUUUCCAAGACCAAACCAGACUACAUUCUGAAAGAGGACAUCAUGAAGGAGCUGCAGGAGAUUGAAGAUAAUUUGAACGAGCUGGAGAAGAGGGGAGUGGAGCUGGAGGUGAAGCUCCGCAGCAGUGAGGAAGAGGGUGAAGAUGACUCUGUCAUGGACGGGCUCAUGGUCGAGUGGUUCAACUUGAUCAGGAACAAGCAGGUGGCCAUGCGCCGGGAGUCUGAACUGGUCUACAUUGGAAGAAACCAGGAUCUGGAGGAACAGCAGCCCAGUGUUGAGCUGGAGCUCAGGAGGCUGAUGGACAAACCAGAACGUCUGAAGACAGCGUGGGACCGGAAGAGAGAAGAGCAGCUGAUGGCCAAACUGGUGGAGAUCGUCAACGACAGGAACGCUAUCGUAGACUGCCUGGAUGAGGACAGACUCAGGGAGGAAGAGGAGGACGAGGAGCUAAACAAGAUGAUGAAGACUUUCAACAUGAAGAAAGACAAACCAAAGAAAAAGUCUCCCAUGUCCAAACUGUUCGGUUGGGGGAACAAGAAGGAGGGAUGAUGCUUGCUUUGAUGUUUUCCGCUGCUCUUGUUGUAGUCUUAAUGUCAGUGUAGUCAGCCUGUGAUUCAUGGGAUAAUAUAGUGUGUGUGUGUGUGUGUGUGUGUGUAUACACAGUAUGUGAGUGUGUUAUCUGUCAUUUUAAGCUCUUAUAGAAAAAUGCCCUUCCCUCUGUCAACUACAUCACUCAAGAUCCGACGUUAUUCCUGUGUGCCAGACACACACACAUACACACACACACACAUACAGAUGAUGCUGAGGGGUUAAUGACUCACCAGCCUUGAUGUGAUUGGGUUCACUGCUCCAGUUGUUAGUUUUAAUACCCUUCUAGUCUUAAUCUGUCUACUUAAUGCUGUCAAACACACACACACACACACACACACAUAAUUUCUCCAUUGAGCGUGUAUAUAUACAAGAUAUAUAUACACACAGAGCAGCAUGACAGAUGCUAAUACAAGUUAAAGAUCAAAGGUCAGACAGCUGUUUUUUUGCUCUCUGGUCAUGUUUCAGUCCACACUACAAGUCACCAUUGAGUGCGUGGCUCACUUCAGGGUCGCCCUGUCGUAGAUUACAUGUUUAACUGCGUUUCUCUUUUAAUCUUAAGGUCUCUCUGUGUGUUUCUGCCACACACAGAACUCAUUUUUUCUCUGACAACAGCAAGUUGAUUCAGAGCACAGCUCUUUGAUAAGGUGACAACUAUUUUAAAUCCUUUUGUCAUGCAAUAGCAUCUUGUAGACCAGUGGUUUCCAACAGAUGUGGCUCACGGGAACGCAAAAAGCAGAAAAAAAAUCCAUAUCGUUACUCAAAAUUGUGCAUUUCCUCUGAACUUUUUUCUUAAUCUCUGGAUUUUUUUUCCUCAUGAUUAUGUCUUAAUUUAAUAUCUUCAGGCCUCAGAUUAAGAGUCUUAGAAGGAGUAAUUAUUCUUCAAAUGAACUUGUCACAGCCUGCAGUUAAACAACCUGUGACGAGUGUCGCGCGUAGGCAAUGCUUUGUUUUAAGGGGUUUCAAGACAAGAAAGGCUGGAAGCUACUGUUCCAGAAACACACUCAUCUGUGCACGCAGUAGUUCACUCAUGACCUUUGGGAACAGUACAUCUGGAAGAGGCUCAAAGGCUCACUUACUGAUGAUUUAGAGCUUUAAACCGCACAUUUAGGGCUUCAUUCAGCGAACAUGAUCCUUUUGGAACGAAGUAAAAUUGAAAUUGGUGAAAAGCUCUUUAUCACAAGUAAGUACACUUUUGACAUUAGAUUCUCUUCACCACAUACAAAUUGAUGUUUUUUAAAUGCUUGCUUUAUGUUUUUACAGUUGACUAGAGGAAAAGGAUGAAUGCAGUUUGUGUCAUGUGACUCAGCUGGUCCAUAUUGGAUCUGGAUUUGUACAUGUUUUGAAUACUUAUUGUUUCGUUUGUGUGUGUCAUGAUCUAUUACUUGUUUAUGUCAUUUUGUUUGACAGGCACUGAAGCAAACUUUUCAUUUCUGUUGUUGUGACCAAACGCUUAAAAAACUACUUGGUACUACACAGCCUUUAACGUUGUACUGUAUAUACAGUAUGUCUCCUUUAUUUCCCAUAUAGCUGUAUAUAUUGUAUAAAAUUUGUGUUUACAAAAGUCAGAUUAUUAAAUGGAGAAACUGGCCUGAGUUUUAAACAAACUACUGUAAUAAAUGUACUCAAAGUUUAAUAAAAAGAUAGCAUU